GUCAGGCCUUUCGAGCUUCGUUGAUGACGGGCACGGGCUUUCGGAACGCGUUCCUGAAGGCGACGCCGCUCCUGGCUGCCUUCGUCAAGGGAUGCGCCGAGGGUCUGAAGGCGCACGAAGCCUACCUGGACAUGAAGGCGCCCAAAAGACGCGAGCCGCGCGACCACCAGGACUCGACCACGGGGGUCUCGACCAUCAAGGAGUACUGCGCGGGUCGCCACGGGUGGUGCGCCAGGUGCCAGCAGCCGGCGUGCCAGAUGAGCCAUAGCAGCGAGAAGCACCGCAUCGCCAGCAGCGCCGAGCGCAUCAUCUUCGAGACCCUCAGUCCCAGCACAGUCCUUCACGGCGCCCCGCUGCAAGGUGAUGUCCAAGCAGGCGCCAGCCAGGCGCCGCCGCCCCAGGGAGACCGACGCCAUCAUGGAGGAGGACGACUCGGACGGGGAGAUAUCCAACGAGGGCUUCGAGGAGCUCUGAAGCGUCGCAUCGGCGACCUCAACCGCACCAUCUCCGCGCACGAGGUCGAGGCUAAGGUUCGGGACGUCGUCGACAGCGCCGCCCGACAGGUCAACGCCGAGGCGCCGCGCCACGUGCACAUCCUCGAGGGCUUCGCCGGACAGGGGAACAUCGCCAAGCGCGCGCACCUCUUCGGCCUCGCCGCUCUGCAGCCCGUCGACCUCAUCUACGGCUUCGACCUGGGCGCGGUCGCUGGUCGACGGAGGUGGGGCCACGCCGUCAAGACGUUCAAGCCGCCGGUGGUUAUCAUGGGUUUCCCUUGUACGAAGUGGUGCUGGUACAACUGCGCGAUUAACUACCGUGACUUCCCCGACCUCCUCGCUUCCCUCCAGGGCAAGGAUCGGCCGCUGCUCAAGCUUGUCGCAUGGACCGCUCUCGAGCAACAGAAGAACGGCAGGUACUUCCUCCUCGAGAACGCCGACCAGAGCCAGGCGUGGGAGCAGCCCGAGUUCGACCCGCUCUGGAAGGACCACCACACCGUCUGGGGACGCGGCGACAGCUGCCCCUAUAACCUCAGGGCCCUCAACGGCGAGCUGAUGUGGAAGACUCUGACGUGGGUAAGCAACCAUCCCAAAUUUGCGGAGUCGGUGACCCGCAGGUGCGAUCGCAGCCAUCGUCACGCUGAAGUUCAAGGGCGCGAUACUUCUCGCUCUCAGGUAUUCACCGAGGAGCUCGCAUACAACAUCCUGACCGUCGUGCAGCAGGUGGUCGCAGUCCGAUCGCCUGCUUCGCUCGCCUGGACAUCUAGCUACGACCAGUGCCGGUACGGAUGGCGCCCUCAGGACAGCACCCCCGCGGACCGCCACGACCAGCUCUACAGCGCCUGGUUCGUCGACGUCGACCGCGACACCGACGAGCGGCAAGUUGUUCUCACCCAGACGAUGCUCAUGAUGGAGGAUCGGGCCCGCGACACCUGGGAGCUGCCGCCAGGCCACGAGAUCUACCAGCGCAUCCAGGACCUCGUGCCAUGGGAGCUCGUUCGAGUGCAAUCCGCCCGGGUACCGAAAGCGCGUAGGCACGCAGUCGACAUCGUCUACCGCCACCGCGGCAUGGCCGCCAUUGCCCACGCAGGUAACAUCAUCGUCGAGACUGAAGCGCUGAAGGACGUCCAGUACCCGAAGCUCCGCUUCAGCGAGCCGAUCGCCCUCGCCAUCUUCUUCUUCGGGAACGCGCCUGAGUCGGCCAGCGCCGACGGCGAGCUGCCUUCCGAGGUGCCGCAGCCAGGGCCUGCUGCUGCCCAAGUUCACCCUGAGAGCGCCGCGGAGCCUCCAGUGGAAGAGCCGGGCGCGCGUCCGCCGGCGCCGCCAGUUCAGGCUGCCGAUCCCGACCUCUACUCUAUCGCAGGGUGCCGCAUCAAGUUCCCUAACCUCAGCGAUGACCAGUGCCCCCGCGAGAUCAAGGCGAUGGUCGCCCGCCCCCACUGUCAUCGCGGACACGCUGGCCGCGAAGAUCUCCGACGUUUCUGCGCCUGGCAGGGGGCCAAGCCAUCAGUCUACCUGGCGAGCGACUUCUUGAAGUGCGAGGCCUGCGAGCGGACUCACCCGCCAGCCAGGCCCAAGCCGAUCUCCGCGACGAUUCGGUACCUGGGUCAGUUCCGCGAACACCUCCAGACCGACUUCUUUACUAUCGUAGACGUCACCAACACGCCGCGCCACAUGCUCGGUAUCAUAUGCCUCAACACACACCUCCACCGCGUGAAGCGCGUGGUCGACCGCUUCCCCGAGACAGCCGUGUCCGCCUUCCUGGAGGCAUGCGCGCUACCGAUCGGCAUGCCGAUGGCCAGCACCGUCGACAUGGACGGCAGCUUCAUGGGCUACUUCAAAGAGCGGCUCGAGUCGUACGGGGUCAACGUCUCCUACUGCCCGCCCGACGCACAUUGGCAGAUCGGGACCGUCGAGAGGCAUGACGCGUCAUGGAGGUGCAUCUGGAAUCGGACAUGCGACGCCUGUGCUGUGAAGACCGCCGAGGAGGUUGACAUGACUACCAUUGCCGUCAGCGAGGCCAAGAACAACGCAGUUCGCCGGGCCGGGCGCUCCGCUAACCAGUGCGCCCUGGGAAGGACUCUUCGUAUUCCUGGCGAGUUGCUCUCCGACGAUCACGGCCUUGCCGUCGCCGCCAACGCCACUAACUCGCAGCGCGUGAUGAACAGCGACUUCUACCGCAUGGAGGCCAACAUCCACACGGCCCACUUCAACUACGAGCAGCACGUAAGGAAGUCGCUCCUCAGGAAAACCAGUCACUUGCGCUACGACCUUGACAAGCUCGUCGCAGGCCAGCAGGUUGGAUGCUGGCGCCGGGACGCCAAGAAGCGCCCCAGCGGCAAGUCGUCGCGCCCAGGCUUCGCCAUUGGCACCUUCCUACAAUGGGACGGCGGACAACAAGGACACGGACUCGGCCGCAAUGUUUGGGUCAGAGUCGGUCAGGCCAUCAAGCUCUUCAGCCGCGAACAGCUUCGACCAGCCAUUGGUUUCGAGCAGUGGGUGCCCGAUGCCAAGGACAUCGAGGUUCUUAAGAGCAGCUUCGACCUCAUGAGGGGCGACCUCUGGGAGAACGAGCGAGACGCCGGGCCCGCGCCCGACGACCUGGCGGAGGAGGCCGGCAUCUUCGUCGACGGCGGCCGCAACCUUCUUCCAGGCCGCGAAGGACUUUUGCCUCCACAGCCUGCCGAUGCCGAUCAUCCUGGAGCUCAGCCCGUUCCAGUCGAGCCGCCGCCAGCCGCGGCGGCCCCGCCUCAGCCAGAGGCGAUUCCGUGCGAGCCGACGCCGGUCGAGACCGAGGUCCCGCGCACGAUCCCUAUGGACGCGGAGGUCACUCAGGCCACUGACUCCGUCUCCGCAGAGCCGAACACGAUCGAGACCGAUCUGAAGGUCAGCACCCCCAGGUCGCCUCGCAGCCGAGCCGCCGAAAACGAAGUCCCUCCAGAGGCCGACCCUCCAGACGAGAAGAGGCCCCGCGUGUCUACCUUGUGUGCGCAGGCUUGGCUGACGUCUUUCUGGGCCACCGAGGUCGGGGGCGGCGCUGACGGCCCCGGCGAGACGCCCGCCGUGUUCGCCAAUGUCAGCCGUUACGCCGACUACGCGGACGAGAUCGAGAUCAUCUACCAGGUGAACGCCAUCGUCGCCGACGACGGGCCCAAGCUUCCCCUGGUGCCCGACUCCGAGGACGACGAGCCUGCCGACCAGAACCAGCCCACCAUGACGAGGGCCGAGCGGAAGGCCUACGACCGCGAGAUCCCGUGGCGCGAGAUCAUGAAUAUGGACGGCUCCACCAUCCAGAGCUUCCUGCAGGCCACGCGCAAGGUGUACAGCAACUGGGUCAAGUGGGCGCCGAUGGUCGCAGUGCCAGACGACGUCGCCAAGGACAUGCUCAACUCGCCCGAGAUCCGCAAGAGCUGA